CCGCGACCCCGAAUAAAAUAAUGGGGAGCGUUGAAACCUUUGAGUCUCUUGAAGAUUUCAAUGCAUGUCUUCAACAGUACGAGGGAGACACGAACACAAAGUUUAUCGUUUUGAAGAGCGAUCGUGCAUUUGGCAAAAAUGAUCUGACAGUGGAAAAACAGCUACAGUGGGAAGUGACGAUUGUUCCUUUCAAUGGCAUGCCUUUCAAGAUUAUUGGGAAAAAGACAUAUAUAUGUCACCAAGGAAGAGACAAGCACACCAAAGCCAAACAAAGACGGCAGGAGAGUAAAGCACAAGGUCAUGAAUAUUCAAGCCUUAAAACAAGAUGCCUGAUGCAACCAACUAAAAAAAUGGGUUGUCCUGCAACCAUUUAUGUUGUUCAUAUUGUGAGGUUUCCUGAGUAUAAAAUAAAAGAAGAUAACCCGUAUUAGAAACGAGAAAAGUCUUCAGCUGUUAGAGAGGCCCUAAGACUAGAUCCAAAGCGUGUGCGCACAGAAGAAAUGUUUGCAGCCAGCUUCCCAGAUAUUAAAGAGCAUCAAAACCACCCCAUUUUUGGAAAGGAAUCAAGAGACAUUUGGAACAUCAUAAAAAAGGUCAAGGCAGGAAACAGGAAGUCCAGUGCAGACCAUCAUAAUCUACAGGCCUUGGUAAACACAUGGAAAGAAGAGGGCUGUGCCAUUGAGUACAGACCCUCUCAGGAGAAGGAGGAUGGUAGUGUGGUGAAGAUGCUGCUGUGCUUGCAGACGCCGUGGCAGAAGAGGCUUAUGUUACUGUAUGGACAGCACAUGUGCUUACUGGAUGAAUCCUAUCGAGCUGGCAGAAAUUCACUGCCACUCUUCUUUCUGUGGGUGAGGACAAAUGUGAGCUACGCCGCUGUUGGAGUGUUUGUCACUCAGACAGAGACUAAAGAGGACAUCGCAGAAGCCUUGAAGGUGUUUCAGAAGUGGAAUUCAGACUGGAAUCCUUCACACUUCAUGGUGGACUUCUGUGAGGCAGAAAUCAGUGCUUUAGAGGAGGUGUUUAAGGGUUCUAAAGUGCUCCUCUGUGAUGUUCACCGAGAGAAGGCAUGGAUGGAGUGGAUAAGAAAAAAGGACAAUGGUGUGACAUCUCAGGAAGAGGUUCUUAAACUUCUACAGGCCAUUGCAGAUUCUCAGACGAAUGAGGAGUUUGAGAACAACACUGUUACCCUUCAACAACAUCCAGACUGGCAAUCAAAUGAGAAGCUGAGAAGGUUCGUCAGCACAUGGCUUGUUCAUGCAGAGGUAUGUUGAAUUGAAUAUCAAAUGCUCAGGUGGCUCACACAAAUACAGCACAAAUGUGCCUUGUUAUGCAGGAUACAGACCAAGAAUUAUGGCUCAACACAUUAUGAAAAGGCGCCAAGAGUCGCUACUCUUCAAUGCGAGUGACAUAACAUCUGCUGGAGAGAACGUCUUCAAUGUUCAGAGUCAAACGUCACAGGAAAAACAUCAGGUGAACUUUGGAAAA